AUGGAGGUUGCACCUGGAGCUGCCGGCAGGCUCUAUUCACCCCCAUGCUAUAACCCGAACUCUCUGACUCAUCCUCUCCUCCAAGAGAUCCACGAUCCACCAGUGUUGGAGUUAAAACACCUAGAUGUUUGUCCUCUCCAACACGGCCUCCCUCACAGCCCUACUGUUGUCUUCUGGAACUGUGCUUGUGGAACUGCCAAACAAGGGCAUAAAGACAGUCUCACUCCACCACAGCGCAAGCAAAGAUCUAGCCACUGCCUUCGACACCAUGAGCCAUCAGCUCUUCCUCUCCACCCUCCUAGGGCUGGGCAUCUCAGGCUACGCACACUCUUGGAGGCUGCUCCUAUCAGGUCACGUCAAGCAGCUCUGCGUGCCUGGCAGAUAUCUCAGCUUGGAUGUCGGCCCACCACCCCAAGCUCAACAAGAAAGAGCUGGCCUGCCCGCUCCAAGACCUCUCCAUCAUGGUUAACAACGCCAGUGUCCCCCUCCCAGAGUGCAAAGAACUUUGUCGUGGCCCUCAACAACACCCUGUCGUUCUCUGCAAACAUCAAAGCAGAGGCUCACUCCUGCAGGUUCAUGCUCUGCAACAUCCGUAGUGUACGACCCUACACACAGGUCCGAUUCCAGGCUCACUGUUGUCUGGGCUCCCAGUUUGUGCCAUCAAACCCCUGCAACUUACCCAGAAUGCUGCAGCCCGCCUGAUUUUCAACCUCCUCCAGUCAAAGCUCGCAUCCACUUCAAGACCAUGGUAAUUGCCUACGGAGCAGCAAGAGGAACUGCCCCUAUUUACCUACAGGCUCUUCUCAUACCCUUCACCCAGACCAGAGUAUUCUGUUCUACCACCUCUGGUCUAUUGGCCCUCCCACCCACACGGAACGGCAGCUCUGGUCUAUUGGCCCUCCCACCCCCACGGAAGGGCAGCUCUGGCUCAGCCCAGUCCUGGCAUCUGUCCCGGCAUUUUAAUUUGCAUUUGUAGUUUCACGAGUUGUAGUUUCACGUGUUUAUUGUAUUUUGAUGUGUACUGUUGAUCUACACAGAGCUCAUCUGGAAAAGAGACCGUGGUCUCAGCAUCGACUCCCUUUCAAAAUAAAGGUUCAAUUAGAAAAAGAAAAUGCAGAUUCACAGUA